AGCAGCAGCAGGUGAAUUUAGCCCAGGUAGGAAAUGCAAAUCAGAUCAGUCAGAGCUGACGCUCACGUUCUCUCUGUAUGGUCCUCUUCUUAUCUCCAGAGAACUGUUUGCCUACAAGAACCUAAUCAGAGACACGGACCACAUAACUUAGACUGUAAGACAAACCUAACACCUGUGAGAAUGAGCCUCUUUGGAAAACUGAAAAACCUACAGAGUGGACCUCCGCUGCCCCCCAGAAGAGGAGUUUCAGACAACAAUGCUGGGUUUGAGUGGCCCAAGGAAGAAUUUCAGGAAGACGAGGAAGCGGACAUGUAUGAGCCACCACCUUGUGAGCUGGCGUUGAAAGCUCCACAGAAGAUGGUGGAGGAGACUCUUUAUCUAGACAGAACGACCAGACCUGAGAUUCCACAGAGAAUUCCUCCACCCAGACCGGCAAAAACUUUGAAGCCUCAACACAGCUCUGAGCUCCUCAGCUGUGACAACAACAGUAGAACCCCACCUGAUAUUGACAGGAGUCAGAGACCAGGUAGAAGCAAGAUGAUGCCAACACCACGAGUACGGUCUGUCACUCCUCCAGUCACUGUCACCGAAGCAGAAGAAGAUGUUUAUUUGGAUCCUAACCAAGAACAGGACGAAGUUGAUGAGCUGUAUUUGGAACCAGACGCAGCUUGCUCUUCAGCCCCACGUUUACCAAUAAGAACACCGCUUUCAUCGAAGACAGCAGCUAUUCAAGCUCCUGUGUCCAUGAUGAAGCCCCCUCUUCCUAAAGCCAAGUCUAGUUCUUUCUUGCCUUCAGAGUCAGUUGAAGUGAGACACGCCAAACUGCCUCCACCAAGCCCGAGUGUGAAGCCUCUUUUGCUGGGAAAUCUGAGAGAAGCCAUAUCCGGCCCUUCGACUUCAGGAGCCAAGUCUGUGGGAUGGAGCUCUGGAACAAAAGGGAUCAAACAGACUGAUAAAGAGGGCAGAGAAUGGUUUGCAGGAGACUGCAACAGAAAGACAGCAGAGGAACUUUUAAUGAGCGUUAACAAGGACGGUGCCUUUCUCAUCCGCUAUAGCUCAGCCCAGAGCCCUCGUCAGCCCUUCACCCUGGCUGUGCUCUUCCAGCAGAGGGUUUUUAACAUUCCAAUCCGCUUCCUGGAGGAGACCCACAGCUACGCUCUUGGGAAAGAGGGCAAGAAAAAUGAAGAGAUGUUCACCUCUCUGGACGAGAUGAUUUCUCACCACAGAAGUAACCAACUGCUUCUGAUUGACAGCAUUACUCAGACUAAGCAUGCUGCAUAUCUGACUCACCCUACACACACCUAAACUACAUGACUACAGAUUGUUUUUUUUUCUGUAUAUACCUUAAAUCAUAAAAGCUUGAUUUAGUUUUAGGACAUAAAAUAGUUUAAGUUAAGACCAAAGCACUGCCUGAACACAAAAAACAUAUACAAUAUCAGUAACCGUAAUCUAAGACCAGUAUAAAGAGAAGUCUUCUCAUUUACAAAGUCAGUAAACAUUUCUCUAAAAGUUUGUGGUUUUCAUCACAAUAAUCAAUAAUAAUAAUCAUUGAAAAAUUUGAACUUUAUUGACACCAUAUUUGGGAAAUUCUAGUGUUAACAGCAGAUCUGCUGCAACCGGCUGCUGUCUGCAGGCGCCCCCUGUGGUUCCUCUGGGAAUCAAACCCAGGACUGUUUGCUCUCUGCCUCUGAUACAGGUAUGCUAACCGCCACACUAUGAAACCGACCGGAAUAUCAUAUCCCCAAUAAUUUAAAUAAUCCAAAUCCAUUGAUUUUUUUUGUCUAACUAUUAACAAGAAGUACUAACUACUGGUGGUGUUUCUGAUUGGAUAUGACCACAGACAGGCAGGUGGGAAUACAUAUAAAACUGCAUUUUAAUUCCACUACAAACGCUCUGUAACAUUGUUUGAGAUCGAGACAAUAAAAUUCUAAAAAAAAAAGGAAAAGGCAAAAAAAAGAAA